GAAAGAGAAGAAAGUAGGUGAAAAAGACACAAGUAAAAAAUUUUGUCCGAAAAUCUUCAGUAAUAAAAAUGGUUGUCCAGCAAAGUUCCCUCUGUCUCUGCUAUCUAUAUAAACACACACAUACACGCACUCGUUUACGCGCAUUCGGCCAGAUUAAAUAAAUGGAAAGCCAAUUAGUGCUGCAAUCUUAUACAAUACAAUAGAGAUAGAGAGAGAGAGAGAGAGAGAGAGAGAGAGACUUCAAACAAACCAACUGGAACAGCCGGCGAGCACUUCUCCGUUACCUUUGUCUUCACCUGCUUCUUCAAGCACUAAUCGUCGAGGGGAUUCAGUCUUCUCAAAUGAGCAUUGUUUUGGGAUCAAGAUUUUCUCACAUUAUAUUUGAGUGUUAGAACUUCCAACACAUUCAAAUGGCAUCCAAAUCUUUCAAGGCAAGCAGAUCAGAUCUCUCUUCAGCAUCGUCCGACGUGCUCGAUUCGCAGAACGGGAAGCCGCCACUGCCGCCACACGUGACCUUCGCCCGCCGCACCUCCUCCGGCCGCUACACAAACUACUCCCGAGAUGACCUGGACAGCGAACUCGGUAACAGCGAGUUCCUCAACUACACCGUCCACAUGCCCUCCACUCCAGACAACCAGCCCAACAACAACAGCACUAACAACCCUAACGUCUCUCAGAAAGUCGAAGAGCAGUACGUGUCCAGCUCGCUCUUCACCGGCGGAUUCAACAGCAUGACGCGGGCCCACCUCAUGGACAAGGUGAUCGACUCCGACACCACCCACCCUCAAAUGGCGGGGGCGAAAGGGUCUUCUUGCGCCAUCAACGGCUGUGAUGGAAAGGUGAUGAGUGACGAGAGGGGGAACGAUAUCCUCCCCUGCGAGUGUGAUUUCAAGAUUUGCAGGGACUGUUACGUGGACGUGGUGAAAACAGGGGACGGGGUUUGCCCCGGGUGUAAGGAGCUCUACAAGAGUGCUGACGUGGACGAACUGACGGAAAACUGGCGGUCGUCUUUGCCUCAGCUUCCUCCGCCGCCUUCUUCCGGAAUGUCGAGGAGGCUGUCUUUGAUGAAAUCGACCAAGUCGAUGCUGGUGAGGAGUCAGACGGGUGAUUUUGACCAGAACCGGUGGCUGUUUGAAACAAAGGGUACUUAUGGAUAUGGGAAUGCUAUAUGGCCAAAGGAGGGUGAUUUUGAUAAUAGCAAAGAUGGUAAUAGUAUUGAGCAUUCUGACUUGGUCAACAAACCUUGGAGACCGCUCACUCGUAAAUUAAAGAUUCCCGCUGCCAUCAUCAGUCCAUACCGGCUUCUAGUUGUUGUGCGAUUGGUUGUUCUCGGGUUUUUCUUAACAUGGAGAAUCCAACAUCCAAACACAGAUGCAGUCUGGCUAUGGGGGAUGUCUGUAGUUUGUGAAAUAUGGUUUGCAUUUUCUUGGAUUCUCGACCAACUGCCAAAGCUCUGUCCUAUAAAUCGAGCCACCGAUCUAAACGUACUGAAAGAAAAAUUCGAAAUGCCGACACCUGGCAACCCCACCGGAAAAUCGGAUCUCCCCGGAGUAGACAUCUUUGUCUCCACAGCAGAUCCGGAGAAAGAGCCGCCACUCGUCACAGCCAACACCAUUCUGUCUAUACUAGCGGCAGAUUAUCCGGUUGAAAAGCUCGCUUGCUAUGUCUCUGAUGAUGGAGGAGCACUUUUGACAUUUGAAGCCAUGGCUGAAGCCGCCAGCUUCGCGAACCUGUGGGUCCCGUUUUGCCGUAAGCACGGAAUCGAACCUAGGAAUCCGGAUAGUUACUUCAGCUUGAAGAAAGAUCCUUAUAAGAACAAAGUUCUGGGCGACUUUGUGAAAGACCGUAGGAGAGUGAAGCGUGAGUACGAUGAGUUUAAGGUUCGGAUUAACGGUCUGCCAGAUUCUAUUCGCCGGAGAUCCGACGCUUAUCAUGCUAGAGAAGAGCUUAAAGCCAUGAAGGAGCAGAGGCAGAAGAGAGACGACGAGCCAUUGGAGAUUAUCAAGAUCAAGAAAGCUACUUGGAUGGCUGAUGGGACCCACUGGCCCGGCACUUGGUUGACCACCGCUUCCGAACACUCCAAAGGCGAUCAUGCUGGAAUUAUACAGGUGAUGUUGAAGCCUCCAAGCGAUGAGCCGCUUAAUGGAACAUCCGAAGAUUCUCGAGUGGACCUAAACGACGUCGAUAUUCGUCUUCCGAUGCUUGUUUACGUUUCCCGUGAGAAGCGGCCUGGUUAUGAUCACAACAAGAAAGCAGGGGCCAUGAAUGCUCUGGUUAGAGCUUCUGCAAUUAUGUCAAACGGUGCAUUUAUACUCAACCUCGAUUGUGAUCACUACAUCUACAAUUCCCAAGCCAUGAGGGAAGGCAUGUGCUUCAUGAUGGACAGAGGGGGCGACCGCCUCUGCUACGUUCAAUUUCCCCAGAGAUUCGAAGGCAUCGACCCUUCCGAUCGAUAUGCCAACAGAAACACUGUCUUCUUCGACGGGAACAUGCGGGCCCUAGACGGGCUUCAAGGGCCCGUUUAUGUGGGUACGGGUUGUCUGUUCAGACGGGUCGCCCUAUACGGGUUUGACCCGCCCCGUUCGAAAGAACGGAGCUCCGGCUUCUGCUGCUUCGGCAGAAAACGUAAAAACCACUCUGCUAUUGCUGCUGCUGAAGAGAAUCGGGCUUUGAGAAUGGGCGAUUCGGACGAUGAAGAAAUGAAUCUCUCACUCGCUCCGAAGAUGUUCGGAAACUCGAAUCAGCUAAUCGAUUCCAUUCCAGUGGCCGAGUUUCAAGGCCGUCCGCUCGCCGACCACCCUUCUGUAAAAAAUGGCCGCCCGCCUGGGGCCCUCACAAUCCCCCGGGACCUUCUAGAUGCUUCCACAGUGGCCGAAGCCAUAAGCGUAAUCUCGUGCUGGUACGAGGAUAAAACCGAGUGGGGCCAGCGUGUGGGGUGGAUUUACGGGUCAGUUACUGAAGAUGUUGUGACGGGUUACCGAAUGCACAACAGGGGUUGGAAAUCGGUCUACUGCGUGACGAAACGUGACGCCUUCCGUGGGACAGCCCCGAUCAAUCUGACGGAUAGGCUCCACCAGGUCCUACGGUGGGCCACCGGCUCGGUCGAGAUUUUCUUCUCGCGCAACAACGCCAUAUUAGCGAGCUCGAAGAUGAAGAUUCUCCAGAGAGUCGCGUACCUCAACGUCGGAAUAUACCCGUUCACCUCUGUUUUCUUGAUUGUCUACUGCUUUCUCCCCGCCCUCUCGUUAUUCUCCGGGCAGUUCAUAGUGCAAACUCUCGACGUAACUUUCUUGGUUUACCUACUCCUUAUUACAAUAACUCUAUGUGGUUUAGCUGUGUUGGAAGUGAAAUGGUCCGGAAUCGAACUCGAGGAGUGGUGGAGGAACGAGCAGUUCUGGUUGAUAGGUGGGACCAGCGCUCAUUUAGCCGCCGUUUUUCAAGGGCUGCUAAAAGUGGUGGCUGGGGUGGAAAUUUCGUUUACACUGACUUCGAAAUCGGGCGGAGAUGAUGACGAGGACGAGUUUGCUGACCUAUACAUAGUGAAAUGGACGUCUCUGAUGAUUCCGCCGAUUGUGAUUAUGAUGGUGAAUCUGAUUGCGAUUGCGGUUGGUUUGAGUCGGACGAUAUACAGUGUGAUUCCACAGUGGAGCAGAUUGUUGGGGGGUGUGUUUUUCAGCUUUUGGGUUUUGGUGCAUUUGUAUCCGUUCGCAAAGGGGUUGAUGGGGAGACGAGGGAGAACGCCGACGAUCGUGUUUGUGUGGUCGGGGCUUAUUGCGAUUAUUAUUUCGCUGCUUUGGGUUGCUAUUAAUCCUCCUCAGGGGAGUAAUCAGAUUGGAGGCUCUUUCCAGUUUCCUUGAUUUUAUAUGGUUAGGACAAAUCUUUUUUGACUUUUUGUUUUGUUUUUUUGAAAAAAAAAAAGAGACGGAAAAACCUUAAAUAUAUAUAUGUGUCUGGUCCUAUUUUUUUGCAGACUUGAAAUAUUCAGACAAUUCUUUUUUGAGUUUCUCAUUGUUUAUAUAUAUAAUGAUAUAUACAAACUGCUUAGAUA